GAUGAGCAAAUGCCCUCUUAUUCUUAACUCCUUAGUGUGGGGUAUGUAUAAUAGAGUACAUUUUCUGAAGAAUCGAGACAACCUCGACCAUGUCUGGUCGAUCGGAAGGGUCUUGUGUCAAACAGCUUAAGCUUAGCUUCACCACCUGGAUGGCAUAUUUUGUCCCACCAUUUCCAGCGAGACCAGAGGCAAUUAAACUGCAUAGGUCAGUUUCUGCAUUCAAGCUUUCCAUAAGAGCAGCUAUCGUUGUUGAAAGAAGUCUUCCUCCACCAUCCUGCUCAAAAACUGGGAAUUCAUCUGUUAUAAGCUCCAGCAGUACUACUCCGAAGGCGUAUACGUCGACCUUGGGAGUAACUCGACCUGCACCAAGACAUUCAGGUUUCCAUCAAGAAGAACAUUGCUGCUUGUUACAUCAUUGUGCACAUGAGCUGGGUUUGCGAAGUUGUGGAGAUAGAGAAGGCCAUUGGCAACAUCAAGUGCAAUACGCAUGCGUUGGUUCCAGCCCUUCAUAUGCUGGGAUCCUCUUCUGUUCAGCCAGUCCCGAAGGGAGCCGUUUGCCAUGUGCUCAUACACGAGGGCUCGAUGAAUUCCUGCGAUUUCAAGAAUCAAGUCUUGUGGAGAAGUAGCAUUUCUUCCUCUACCAUCUGCAAGUUGUGCUCUUUUCUUCCAAGACAGAAACAAGAGAACUAGCAGGGAUAUUAGCAGGAAAAAAGCUCCGACAGUAAUGCCAACAAUCAAUGGUGCCCUCUUUGGUUGGCUUUUCAGAGAAACGGGAGGAGGCAGAGGUGGUGAAGUAGUCAUACUACGCUUCCUGCUUGUAGCUUGCAAUUGUGACGGUUCACUUGGCAAAGGGAUGAGGAUGGUCGUGAAAGGCUCGAUUUCAGCAAACUCAUCGUGAAAAUGGUUUGCUACAUAUACACUCACUGCACUCACAUUGAAUCUUUUGCUUAAACCAAGAAGAGUAUCACCAUGGUCAACCGAGUAAGUUAGCAAAUAUUUCGUCCCAGCAUAAGCUUGUUCUGCGGUUGGACAUGCACACCUCAGUGGAACUCGCAACUUCUGCCCAGGCAACAAACUCGUCUCCCGGUACAUAUUCGCAUGUUUAAGAGCAUCACAAGUGGACAAUCCCUUGAAAGUCUUGUCUGCAAUUAAGAAGUAAGUCUCGCCGGGUCGGAUCUGAUAAGUGGUGGUGGCUUGGUAGCUUCGACCCGAACACGAGCACUCAACUGGGACGACGACCUCUUGUCCUUCUGGGAGGACUCUGGACGCCGUGAUGUUGUUGAUUCGUGAAAUUUCAGCUUGGUCCGACGAGGUCAGAUUAGCAACGGCCGCAACUGUAACAUAUGGAGACUUGGCUGUGAAGAUCAGGAAAGCCCGGCAAGAAGAGAAUUGGCCGUUGCACGUGUGGAGGGACUCUGACAGCGUCGUUGCUUCGUUUCCGUUGCACCGGUAAAUGGCAGCUCCUGAAUAGUUCUGCUGAGCAAUGAGGCAUGGUGGAAGGAAAAUGAGAGGUAAGACAAAUUUCAGAAAUGAGUUCAUGGUGGUGAAGUUAUUAUCUUGAGGUUUUCUAUAAGGUUGAAGGGAAUCUUGUUUCUGAAUUUAUGUUGAUUGAUUUGCUACAGGAA